AUGCCGGGGGAAGGCUUCACCAUCAAAAGGCGCAUCAGGAAGCUGCUGCGCUCCCCUGCCACCAAAAGCAAGAAGAACAGACCAGAGAACCUCAGCAGUAAGGUGACUCUGGAGAAGGUCCUGGGCGUCACGGCUACGGGGAACAGUGGUCUGGCCUGUGACCCCCGAUCCGGCCUCGUGGCCUACCCUGCAGGGUGUGUGGUGGUCCUGCUCAACCCCAGAAAGAGCAGGCAGCACCACAUUAUCAACUCUUCAAGGAAAACCAUCACCGCGCUGUCGUUCUCCCCCGACGGCAGGUACCUGGUGACAGGAGAGAGCGGUCACCUUCCAGCGGUGAGGCUGUGGGACGUGGCAGAGCGAAGGCAGGUGGCGCAGCUCCAGAAGCACAAAUACGGCAUCUCCUGCGUGGCGUUCUCCCCCAACAGCAAGUACAUCGUCAGCGUGGGAAACCAGCACGACAUGAUGGUCAACGUCUGGGCCUGGAAGAAAGACUUGAUUGUGGCUGCGAACAAGGUGUCGAGUAAGGUGACCGGCGUGUCUUUCUCUGAGGACAGCUCCUAUUUUGUAACGGUUGGAAACAGACACGUGAAGUUCUGGUAUCUGGACCACUGCAAGGCGAACAAGGCCAGCGCUCCCGUGCCUCUGCUGGGCCGCUCGGGGCUGCUGGGAGAGCUCAGGAACAACUUCUUCUGCGACGUGUCGUGCGGACGAGGCUCCCGGUCCGACUCCACGUUCUGCAUCACCUCGUCCGGCCUGCUGUGCGAGCUGAACGGCAAGAGGACGCUGGACAAGUGGGUGGACCUGCGGACUGGAGCGGCCCAGUCCCUGUCGCUGUCGGAGGAUAUGAUCUUCUGCGGCUGUGCCGACGGAACGGUGCGAGUCUUCAGCCCGGCCGACCUGCGCUUCAUCUGCACGCUGCCGCGGCCGCACCCCCUCGGCGCUGACGUCUCUGCCGUCACCGAUGCCAGCCACCUAUUUAACACCGAGCCCGGCGCUCAUCACCCAGACGCCAUCGCUGUCACCUACGAACCCCUCAGCCGGUGGCUCAGCUGUGUGUAUAACGACCACAGCGUGUAUGUGUGGGAUGUGAGGGACGUGCACAGAGUGGGGAAGGUGUACUCUGCCCUCUUCCAUGCAUCAUGCGUGUGGGACCUCGAGAUGUUUCCAGAUGUUCCCGGGGACUCGCUUGCCGGCGUGUCCUCAGGUGCGUUUCUGACCUGUUCGGCUGAUAACACCAUCAGACUGUGGCGCACGAGCGACUGGACACAGACUCACCCUCAGAACAUCCUCAGCAGCGAUCUUUUGGAUGUCCUGUACAUGGAUGGAAACACCGGCGCCUUGUUGGACUCAGAAUGCACGGCCAGUGCCAGCGCAGACAAAUCCUCGGACGGACAGUCAGCGGAAACCAGGACGGGCAUCAGGACAAUCUGUAUCAGUCCAGACGGCAAACACCUGGCAUCUGGAGACCGCAACGGCGUGCUGCGGGUUCAUGAUCUCAGCAGCAUGGAGGAGAUUCUCAAAGUGGAAGCCCACGACGCUGAAAUCCUCUGCCUCGAAUACAGUAAACCAGAAACAGGUCUGAAGCUGCUGGCCACGGCGAGCCGGGACCGUCUCAUCCACGUCUUGGACGCAGAAGACGACUACAGCCUGGUGCAGACACUUGAUGAGCACUCCUCAUCCAUAACAGCCGUCCGCUUUGCUGCCAAUGACAACAAGGUGAGGAUGGUCAGCUGCGGAGCAGACAAGAGCAUCUAUUUCCGUACUGCACACAAGACGGACAGGGGCACGGAGUUCAGGCGAUCCCACCACCUCGUGAGGAAAACCACGCUGUACGACAUGGACGUAGACGUCUCCUGCAAAUACGCUGCGGUCGGGUGUCAGGACCGCUGCAUCAGGAUUUUCAACAUCAGCAGUGGCAAACAGAAAAAGCUCUUCAAAGGGUCGCUGAGCGAGGAUGGCAGCCUGCUCAGGGUUCAGAUCGAUCCCUCGGGUCAAUAUGUGGCCACCAGCUGCUCCGAUAAAAACAUCAGCGUCUUUGACUUCUGCACGGGGGAGUGUGUCGCCACCAUGUUCGGACACUCGGAAAUUGUCACCGGGAUGAAAUUCACCAACGACUGCAAGCAUUUGAUUUCGGUGUCAGGGGACAGCUGUAUCUUUGUCUGGCGACUGGCUCCCGAACUGACAAUCGCCAUGAGAGAGAGGCUUUGCCAGCUCCGGCAGAACCCGAACGCGGCGCCCUGCAAGACCCCCAAUCUCAGGCGGGAGGUGUACAGCGCCCCGGCGCUGGGCGGCCUGUCCUCUGAGAGCGACCGUGAGCUCGAGGACGACGACAGAGUGGAACACGACGCCGCCGCCGCCGCCGCCAUCGACCCCGAGGACAACACCACCUGUAGCUCCUCUGACAGCAGCCAUGGAGAGGAGGACACAGCAGGUUCCGAUGAAACGCAGGACUGGGGGCCGACGAAGCCGCCGGCAGGCGUCAGCCAGGCCGCCCCGGACUCCUCUAAACGUCCCCGGAGGCGCUGGUCUCAUCGGAUGGGCUCGCUGGAGCUGAUGGUUAAAUCCAUGCUGGACCUGAGGCAACUGGAGACCUUUUCUCACAAGAAGAACCCCAACAAUCCUCCUAACGACAGGGAGAGGCGGAGCACAUCCCACCUCCAGGAGUCCCUGCAGUUGGAGGAGAAAUCGAGGAGGCAUCGACCCCAGCCACACGCCGACUGGCUGUCCUCCCACACGCCCAAGGGCGUCAAGGGGACUGACGGAGUCGUGCUCUACGCCGCGGAAAACGAGGACGACGCGAGUCCAGCGGGCAGGGAGUACACGGUGAAGGAGCAGCGCUGCGGCGAGAGCCAGGAGGACAGCCGCAGCCCGGACAGCGCCUGCUCGCUGGGCUACGGCAGCAGGGAGUCCAGCCCGGACCGCAUCCUGGACGAAGAUGUGGAAUCUCUGAGCCACGACAGCUCUGAUGAGGAGAAGGAGGAGGAGGAGGAGGAGGAGGAGCAGACGGCUGUGGUCACCAGCAUGGACGAGGCUCUGAGGCUGGUGACCGCCGGCCACGGCCAGGAGGAUUUCCUCAAGCAGAACUUUGAAACGCUGGCGGAGGGCUGCGGCACAGCCGAGCAGAGCAGAGUCCAGAGGAUCAGCAUGUCUUCGCGUUUCCUGGCCAGAGGACAUAACAACAGAGCGCUGCCUCUGUCGGUUAAAGCGAAUGGAAAGGAACAAGGGAGCCACUCAGCGAAGCCCCUGGUGUCUAAAGUACGGCCGCUGAUGGAGGAUGGAGAGAGCAGAAGCAUGGGAGAUAAGACCCCCGCGUCCGCCGGCGUCACCGAGGGGCAAAACAGAGAUCCAGAGAAAGACGACGCUCCUAAACAUCGACCCCUGCAAAAGAGGAACUCAGGCUCUCACCUGUGGAGACAGUCCGACUCUCCGUCCAAAGCUGCUCUGCUGCUCUGCACGGCGUCCGCCUUACACAAAUCCCACUCGGCACAAAACCUGUCCACUGACGCUCCUCGCUCCCCUGUGCCAUCUAGUGACCGGAGGGAGUCACAGAAGAGGCCUCCGCAGGUUUUCCUGAAUCCUGACCCUUCCAGAGCCUCCUCCCCUCCCUCCUCUGGGUCCCCGCAGUCCCCCCCGUCCCCUCUGCCGUGGGAGAGCCUCAGACUGAAGCCCCAGCACUCCUACAUGAACCCCACCGCCAGCUCCGCAGCCAAAAGCAGUCGCUCCUCAUCUCUGAUCGGCGACAUCCAGGUGGACACUCCGCCUCCUUCCCCCAACUUCCCCAAGGGCCGGAGGUUCUCCGAGGAGCUCGGGGGGGAGCCGCCCCUCCUCACCUCGUCGCCCGUCACCGCCUUCCCCCCCACGUCUUCCCCUCUGUCCCCUCCUCCUUCCAAUAACUCCUCCCCGACUCCCGUUCACCGCACGGUGGCCGUGUUACCGACGACCCCCUUCGCUCAGAGCGUGCCCCCCUCCCGCAUCCCGCUGCCCAAGCAGCCUCUCGGCCCCCGACGCAGCUUCUGCCUGGAGGUGAAGCCCAGCGCAUCCAGGACGUCCACGCCCACGGCGGAGGCUGGAUGUGAUGCAGCUUCAGCUCAUGGGAUGAGACAGGCUCGGGCUCGGCUGUCUCUAAGUUUGGAUCCUGUUUCUCUCAGCUCCCUGCCUGCGAAGCAGAAAACCGACUCAGUUUCUCAAUGUGUCCAGGAGCCAGGUCAGGCGGCUGUAGCUAAAGAGUGCCCUCUGGUGCCUGAACACACCCUCACAUCAAGCCUCCAGCCAGAUUGUUCAGUCACCUUGGAGGCUUGUCGGCAGGUCACCGCCGACCUUCACAGCAGUCUGAGGAAAACGGUCUUGAUGUACACCACGGUCAUGGAGAGCGACCAGCAGGCCGGUGAAGAUCAGCAGGCGAUGAGGAGCAUCCUGUCUGAGGCUCUUCUGACGGUGAAGUCGGAGCUGGACUCUCUGCCUCACCCCACCUCAAAGAGUGAGCGUCUCCUCGUGGACCAGCGGGGGAGGAUCGAGGGAGACAAGACGAUGGCUCUGCUGGAGCAGUACGCCGAGCUGCUGCUCAAGUCCGUGGAGAAGAGGCUGGAUACCAAGACCUGAAGGGACGCUCCACCCAGAUAACAGGAGGAGACAUGUAGACACACACUGUGAACUGAACUGUUGUUAUAUGCACCUACAUUUUUUUUAAAAACCAUCUUUAUGAACUGGAAGCCGAUGAGAUCUAAGUGUAUACAGAGAAAACAAAUUCAAUAAUGUUGAGCACUGUGCACUGAACAAAGAACCGGUUAAAAAGUUGCCUUGUUUUUAAAUUGCCAUUGACAUUUGACAUAAGAAUAAACUCAUCAGAAUGUAGCCUAUAUGUGCAGACAGCUCACAGGUUUGGUAGGAAUAAAGAAAAAGUGCAGUUUAUGUGGCUGGGAAGAGGAAGUCCAGUUGAUAUGUGAGGAGAGAGAUGAUAUAUCGGAUGAAAGAUAAGUGUUACGUGAAAGAUUUGGAAAAAAAACAUUCUUGCCACUAAUGUUAACAUUUCUUCUGUGAGCCAAAAGCAGAUAAUUUUGUAGUUAUGACUACACGAUACAUCAUUCAUACGUAUGUGCUGCUUCAUGUUUCUUCUGUGUUAAUAUAAAUGUUUAAUUUGUAUUUUCUAUUUGUGUGAAAUGUUCCUUCUGU